ACCCUUGCACAUUUUGCUCGUCAUAAAUGUAUUAUCCCAUGAGAUGAAAACAAAACAAAAACAAGCCGGUAGGAUAUUUAUCUUGUACCUGCGGAAUCCGUUUCACGACGACAAGUGUUUUUGGGUAGCAUCCCGCGCACUAAAGUAUCAUUCUUCCUUCUGCAGUGCCUUUGCAGGUUCGGAUCAGACAAGAUCGUUAUUUUUAAUGUUCGCUUUCGGUUUCUCGUUGAAUUGGCAAAACAAUCACAGUGCAAGUGAUGUCCCUUAGUAGUUGGAUAGUGAGUUUCUUUAUUUUAAAUUUGUAUUCGAUUGGCCUUGCGGUGGUUAGUGCAAGGUUCUUACAAUCGCCUUGCCCCGACGUGUUCACUUAUCAAAUGGAUACUCGAACCAGAGCCUAUUUUGGUCGCAUCGAAUUGAACGAUAUUCAGCCGGGAGAGAUAGCACGGCUACGGGUUGAACUUUCCAUUGGCAUGCAACUGCCACCAAAAUUGGUUGGAUCUAUUGCGUUGGUGAAAUCACGUCAAGCAACAAUCGAAGACAUUAUGGAUGGCAAACCGGCGCUCUAUCGCGUGAACUUCCCGUUGCCCAAUCUGUUACCGACAGUGCUCUCAAUCGAUCUAAAUGGUCAGGUCAUUUGUAGAGGCCAACGAGCGGAUGCACGAGUACUAACCGCCAUAAAACUGGAACACACAUUUUUUGCUCCUGUACAGUUAUCAAAACCGCAACGGAAAGGAAAAACUUUAGAGAUGGACGAUUCCGACACGGAUUUAAUUCUGCGUUUCGAAGAUCAAGUUCAAAUGCAGCCUGCAACCAAGUUUCUGAACAGACCAAUUUUCGAACGAUCAACCAUGGCACCACCCUAUCCAUCAUCAGCAAUGACCACUUGCGGUCGCCUUUCAACUACCUUUAUGAAGAAGCACAUUUUGGACGGAAGACUAGUGAAUCGUCAGGGUGCAUUCCCGUGGAAUGCACCCUUAUUUGAUCGAACGCGGCAGCACAAUCCAAGGUACGUGUGCGGCAGCACGAUCAUCUCCAGCAGGCAUCUUCUAACGGCAGCCCAUUGUGUGUACGAGAUCAACGAAUUCAUCGACCCGGCCAGACUGCUUGCCAUUCCUGGGAUGUACAACAUCGACAACUUUUUCGAGGAGAAUGCUCAGUUUGCAUACAUUGAAGCUAUCUUUCCGCACGACGAAUACGUACCCGAAGAGGACCUGAACGAUUCCGAUUUGGCCGUUCUGCUUCUGAAGAAGAAGUUAACAUUCAACGAUUACGUUGUGCCCAUCUGUCCGUGGCAAGGCGAAAACGACCUGCAAAGGAUUGUCGGCCAGGAAGGUUUCCUUGCCGGGUGGGGGGUAACCGAGCAGGGCGUUGCCACGGUUCCUACCUACAUUAGGAGCACCAUUGUUAGCAGGCGCCAGUGCAAUCGGCAUCUGGAGGGCGUCUACCCGAGUAAUGGACGAAUAUUUUGCGGUGACGGGCAGGGCUCUAAUCCGUGCAAAGUGGAUUUCGGUAGUGGGUUAGCGCUGAAACGAGGCGAGCAGUACUACCUGCGGGGAGUUGUGUACAGGCGGAUGGUAGAUCCAGAAACGUUGAGAUGCGAUGCUGCGAAGUAUAUGGUUUACAUCGAUAUAGCCCCGUUCAGGUAUUGGUUGAAACGUGUGAUGGGAUGAAGUGACAUGCAUAUGUUAAAUUAUUUUAUGUACAAAAAUAUAAAAGUCAUACUUGAAUAUACAAAUAAAUCAAAGUGAUGAAAUGAAACUAAUUA